AUGCUUUGCAAAGUUUGUUGUAACACUCUUCAAUGGAUUAUAAACCCUCAAUCAAUCCUUCAUGUGAAGCAAGUAUGCACCAUUGAACAAUUCAAACACGAUAGCGGCUUUGGAAAUAUCUAUGUUCCAACUCAAGAGCAGACUCUUCUAGUGCCUGUCGAUCGACCUCUCCAUAUGUUCAGUCAUCAUCUCACUGCGGAGUCCUUUGAGCAGUCUGUCCGCAAUGGCUGUUCUGUCUGUGUUGGCAUGAACUCCCUCGAAAAGCUUCCAGAGGAUAACCCAAUGAUCGCCGAACUAGGUUUUCACUCCUUAUUCAAGCACCAGACAAUACGACUUUCCCCUCAUAGGGUGUCAUCCAGCAUCUCGUUGUAUAGCCGCAACCACAGUACGUCAUAUCAUACAACGCUUAAUGGAUGGAUUGGGCCACUCGACAACUUCAAUGUAAAUCUCAGUCCAUCCACUGGCGAUGAGACCACGUUCCGGCUCAUUGAGGCUUGGCUGAACACAUGCCUUGGAAGCCAUAAGGAAUGUGCCAAGGCAGGCAGGUUUGUUCCACCACGCCUUCUUCAAGUUGAUUCUGCCGGAAAUUUCCGGCUGGUCUUAAAAGACGAUGUCAAACACGGAGCUCGAUACGCCACAUUGACUCACUGUUAUGCUACCGACGAUAACACCACUCGACUGAUUCAUUCCACUUCUAAACAAUUUCUUUCCUCACAGCCUUUGUCAAUUUUACCAUCAUCAUACCGCGAUGCAUUCACGCUGGUUCAGCGAAUGGGUCUUCAAUACCUAUGGGUAGAUCGACUUUGUGUUCUUCAGGACAGCAAAUCCGAUUUGGCUGCGCAUGAGAACGCGAGGAAAGACAUUUACGUCAACAGCUUCCUUGGUAUUGGUGCGGCUGGCUCAAGCUCUCCAGCUUCUGGGCUGUUCUUUGAGAGAGACCCAGAUUGUAUUGUAGCUAACGACAACCAAUUCUAUACAGCCAACGAUGGAACAGUUAUCCCGCUUAGUGGGGAACCCCGGUUGCAGAGGAUCAACUUCCUUGAUGAGCCACUCUCUCGGAGUGCGAAUGCGUUAGAGGCGCGAUUUCUCACUCCGCGCAUGGUUCAUUUUGGGAGUAAAAUAGUCUUUUGGGAGUGCUAUGGUGCCAUCGCCGACGAGGUUCAUCCUCGCGCUAGACAUAUCAACACUGGUUCAGGUCGUGAGAGCGAGAUAGACCUCUUUGGGUCGGAUAUCAAGCCACUUCACGGUAUUCAGUAUCAGCCGUCGAUUAAUCCGAUCGCCCAGAUACUCUCGCAAUGGCGGACCAUUGUAGAGCAGUAUACCCAAUGUGGAAUGCACUCCCAAGAUGGAGGUGGUCGGCUCUUGGCGCAUGUGACCUCCAAAAUCAAGGGACUUCUCGAACAAAAAGGCGUACAGGAGGUGACCUAUCUCUCCGGGAUGUGGAAGAAUUCCUUCCCGGCUGAGUUACUCUGGCGCUCUACCUCAACUGCCACUCGUCGUGUCAGAGACAGCGCGCCAUCAUGGAGCUGGUUGUCUUUAGAGGCCCCAAUCAGUUAUCCAACGCUCAAUCUGGAGAAAGCAAAUGCUAGCCUGCUCUGCGAGGUGAUCAGCACUCCCUGUAACUCAGAUGGAACAAUAUGUAAUAUUGUGUUGAGCGGUAAAAUGGUGAUUGCGGCUGUCUCCCCUAAGACAGUCUUGCCCGUUUGCGCUGAGACUGAGACAAUUUUGGAGAUCAAAAUGCUGAAGAAUCCAGAUACCGGUGCAGGCAUCGCCGACGUGCAAGAUCGGGAGUUGAUACAUCAACUCCACUGGUCGGUCCACUUUGAUACGAAGGACGAUGUGGAUGUGGGCGAAGUAUUCGUGAUACCAAUCAGCACCGAGCCGGAACAAAGAGAGCGAUGGUGGCAUAUUCGGGGGUUGGCUUUACGCCAACUUGAUGAUGAUAAUUUUAUCCGAUAUGGUUAUUGUUCACUCUCAGCAGAUAGUGAAGAGCAAGCGCGUGCUCUUUUCAAGGAAGUUCCCAAUCGUGAGAUUACCAUCAUUUGA